UUUUCACUCUUUUUUUUUAAUUUGCCAAUUGACAGUUGAUUCAUUUAAUUAAUUUAAAUUUAAUUUUCUAUUUGAAAUGUGGUCCUUUUGGUCCCGUAACCCAACCAAAGAUUUUCCUUACGAUUUGGGUGAUGUGAUUAACCUGCAACCCGACGAAUCAAUUUGGGUUAUUCAAAAGGGAAAGAAAAAGGGGACUGGAGAACCUGUUACAAUAUUUCGGUUUGAAUGUAAAUUCGGAACGGAGCAUCUCUUGGAAAGAGCCAAAUCAGCAUUAAAACGGAUAAAAACACUGAGACAUCCAUCGUUUUUAACUUACGUUGACUCACUUGAAACAGAUAAAAUAGUUUGUAUUGUCACAGAGCCUGUUGAGCCUUUGUCUUUGUAUCUUAAAUCAUCAGAAAAUUUUACUCGUGAACAAUUAUCCAACGCUAUUUCCUUUGGUUUACAUCAAGUAGCUAUCGGACUUGGAUUUUUAAUAAAUGAUUGCAACUUUAAUCACAAUAAUUUACAUUUAGGCUCAGUACUAGUCAACUCAUGUGGUAUUUGGAAAAUCGGUGGCCUCGAAUAUGUCACUUCUAACAUUCAAGAGGAUCAAUCGUCCAUCACUAAACAUCAUUCAUCUCUCGAUAAAUACAAUCCUCCUGAACUAUCCGACUCUUCAUCAAUCAAAGGAACCAAUAAAUGGUCAAUUGAUAGUUUCGCUUUUGGAUGUUUGAUCUGGGAAAUAUUCAAUGGCCCAAUGUCUCAAAGAAAUGAUCUUAAGUUACCACAAAAGAUUCCAAGUAACCUGGUAACCAUUUAUAAAGAACUGAUUGAUCCUAAUCCCAAGAACAGAAUCAGCCCAUUAGAGUUUGUACAGAAAUGUCGAGCCAAAGGUUGUUAUAUGAAAAAUCCCUUCAUCGAUUCCAUGUUGUUUAUUGAAGAGAUUCAAAUUAAAGAUCAAACUGAGCGAAACAGAUUCUUCACCCAUCUCAAUGAUGCAAUGAACUCAUUUCCUCCCGAUAUUUGUAAAAAUAAAAUGUUACCACAGCUUAUUAUUGCUCUAGAGUUUAAUAAUACCGGUUCAGCGUUUUUAGGACCACUUUUAAAAAUUGGUAAACUUUUAAGUGAAGAUGAAUAUCAAAAGAAAAUCGUCCCUUGUGUCAUAAAAUUAUUUGCAUCUAAAGAUCGAGCCACUCGAGCCAAACUCUUGCAAGAAAUGGAAUCAUUUAUUACUUAUUUACAACCAAAUGUUGUAAAUGAACAAAUUUUUGUCCAUGUUUCUCAAGGAUUCGUUGAUUCAAAUCCUACAAUAAGAGAGCAAACAGUUAAGUGUAUGCUUCAUUUGGCUCCAAAACUAAACUAUGCCAAUCUCAAUGAUGAAGUUCUGAGACAUUUCACUCGGUUACAAACUCGAGACGAGGAAGGAGGAAUCAGAACCAAUACCGCAGUUUGUCUUGGAAAAAUCGCCAACUAUUUUCAUCCUCAGAUAAGGCAAACUGUUUUGAUUCCUUCGUUUUUAAGAUCUAUGCGAGAUCCAUUUGCUCCUGCUCGAAUUGCUGGAAUCCUCGCUCUUUCAGCGACUCAGAACUUUUAUUCCCUUCGUGAUACUGCCACAAGAGUUAUGCCCGCUCUGUGUCAUUUAACUAUGGAUCCCGAUAAAUCAGUUCGUGAUCAGGCUUUCAAAGCUCUCAAAGGUUUUGUAAGUAAAAUCGAAAAAGUUUCAGAAGAUCCAUCAUUAGCUGAGCAAAUGGAGGCUGAUCUCAAUACUUCGGGAACUAAUGUUUCUUCAACAUUAGCUGCUAGUUGGGCUUCUUGGGCUGUUAGCUCAUUAACGUCAAAGUUUUAUCGCUCAAAACCAGCAAAUAUCAAUACCAGCAAUAGUCAAGCUUCUGGUGAUAAGAUAACAAGCCCUUCGAGCAGUAUCAGUCCUAAAUUAACCGAUUCUGACAUAAAAAUGCCUUCAGAAGACUCGAAUGCUGAUUAUAAUGAAGACUGGGCUCCGAUUGAUUCUAACCUUUCUUCAAAAGGUGACAGAAAUGACCUGGAAAAUAAGAAAGCAAUGGACGGAUGGGAAAAUGACGAUGGUUGGAAUGAAGAAGAAGAUUUUGAUAAAGUUAUCACCGCUUCGAGUAAUAUUAAUCUUGAGAACAAGUCAGAAAGUAAUGAAGAUAAUUGGUUGGAUGCCCAAUUAAGACCAAGCAGUCGAGCUGAUUCUCAUCGAUCUAGUUUAAGCUCUUCAAGUAAUAUUCAACAAAACGACCCGAUUAAAUCAGAAACUGAAGACACAACCGAAAAGCGACCUCCACGAAGAGUUCGAGCUGUUGUCGAAAGGAAACCGAAGACUAAAAAAGGUCCAAUGAGAUUGGGAGCUCAGAAAAUCACAUAGAACAUCAAAAAGAACCAGUGUUCCAAUGUGAAGAAAUAAAAGUAUUUUCUAUUCAUUUCAA